AUGAAGUACAAUCUUGUCCUGGCCGCACUGGCCAGACUUGCCGCCGCCGCCGCCGAUUGCCCGGCGUACGAGCAAUACGCCCGCCAACGACACGAGCCCUUUUCGCGCGGCAAGUACAAGUUUCCGUACCAGCGUCCAGCCAAAGAAUGCCGCUCCUACGCGGUGCCCGACGUCGAGCGCGUCCUCGACGAUAUGAAGCGCAAGGUGCGCGAUCCGGACCUAUACCAGCUCUUUCUCAACACCUGGCCAAACACGGUGGACACGACGGUGCUCUGGCACGGCACGUCGGCCGAGAAUCCAGAAGAAGAGCUCGCAUUUGUCAUUACCGGUGAUAUCAACGCCAUGUGGCUUCGCGACAGCGCCAACCAGCUGCAGUCGUACAAGCCCAUCCUCAACGGCAGCAGCACCGGCGCCGCCGCCAACGACACCAACGACAUUGCCGCGCUCUUUCGCGGCGCCAUCAACCUGCAGGGCCGGUACCUGCGCAAAUACCCCUACUGCAACGCCUUUCAACCGCCCGCCGAGUCCAAGAUUCCGCCCAUCCACCACAAGCGCUCCGAGAGCGACCACCACAACCUCCUCCUCCACAGCCACAGCAACAGCCGGCGCGACACCGUCUCGCCGCCGUACAACCCCAACGAGGUCUGGGAGUGCAAGUACGAGCUCGACUCCAUUGCCGCAUUCCUUCAGCUCUCGCACGACUACCACGAUGCGACCGGCGACGCCGCCUUUUUCGGCCGCUUCGCCUGGCGCCAGACCGUCGCCGUGCUGCUCGACACGGCGCGGGCGCUCAUGGCCGGCACGUACGCCGCCGACGGCCGCGUGCAGCCGUCGCCGUACACGUGGCUGCGCGACGCCAACACGGCGACCGAGGUCGUCGCCAACGCCGGCCGCGGCAGCCCCGUCGCCGACCGCAUCGGCAUGGUGCGCAGCUUCUUCCGCCCGUCCGACGACUCCACCACGUACCAGUACUUUGUGCCCGCCAACAUGAUGUUUGCCAAGAACCUCGAGAACUGCGCCGUCAUCAUGCGAGGCAUCGACGCGGCGGCGCUCGCCCGCGACAUGGAGGACAUGGCGGCGGGCAUUCGCGGCGCGAUUGACGAGCACGCCGUCGUCAGGCACCCGCAGCACGGCGACAUUUACGCAUACGAGGUCGACGGCUUCGGAUCCGUCAAUUUUAUGGACGAUGCCAACAUCCCAUCCUUGCUCAGCAUCCCGCAUCUCGGCUACGCCUCCAACGACGACGCCAUCUACAAGCGCACCCGCGAAUUUGUCCUCGGCCGCUCCAACCCCUACUUUGGCACAGGGCCCGUCCUCAACUCGACCGGCGGCCCGCACUUGGGACCCGGCAUGGCCUGGCCCAUGGGCGUCAUUAUGCGCAUCAUGACGAGCGACCAUGACGACGAGAUUGUCGCCUGCCUCAAGAUGCUCAUGGGCGCCACCAGCGGCCUGGGCCUGAUUCACGAAUCCGUAAACACCUUUGACGACUCCAAUUGGAGUCGGCCAUGGUUCGCCUGGGCCAACGGUCUCUUUGGCCAGAUGCUCAUUGAUCUCUCCGAAAGAAAACCCAGGAUUCUACAACGUAGCUUUCAAAACUGA